AGCGUGGUGACCAAACCUUUUCUCUGUUUUUUUUAUGUUUUGUCGGAGAAGAAACUUUCCAGAGAGAGCUUGAAACAGAUUUGUCUUCCAUGGCGAGAAAGCUCUAAAAUCGAAUAUUCAAGAUUGUGAAAAGAAGAUGUCGUCGAGAUCUCUGGUGAAACGCUUUGGUCCCUAUCUCUCUGCUCGAAUUAGAGAAAAUCAUAGGGUGCUUAAUUAUUGUUCUUCCGCUUCUUCUUCUGCUCUCAAAGAAGCUUCUUCUGAGUCUCCUUCUUCUCUAGAAGCUGUCCAUCUUAGCGACAAUUGUAUCCGGAGAAUGAAAGAGUUGCAAGCUAGUGAGCCGGAGAAGAAGCUGCUUCGCUUGGGUGUUGAAACUGGAGGCUGUUCUGGUUUCCAGUAUGUCUUUGAGCUUGAUCACACAACCAAUCCUGAUGACAGGGUGUUUGAGAAGGACGGUGUCAAACUGGUUGUAGAUAAUGUCUCAUAUGACUUUGUCAAAGGUGCUACGAUUGAUUACGUGGAGGAGCUUAUCCGUUCUGCUUUCGUGGUGGCUGAAAAUCCGGCAGCAGUGGGUGGAUGCAGUUGUAAAAGCUCCUUCAUGGUGAAGCAGUGAAUCAUUCUUCUUUUACAUGUGUAGAAACCAAAAUUUGAUAUUUUGUUUAUUUGCUUGUACCAUGUCACAAGUUUUUUUUUGCUAUGUAUCAUCAAAAGGCAUUACUAGGGAAAGAUACAAAACUCUGUAGGCUUCUAGCUCAACAAAAUCAUAUAUGUUCAUCCUAUUUUUAUACAAUAAUGGAAUGAUUU